AUGUCUCAUCACUGCCACGACGAAUACGACCACCACGGCCACAGCCACCACGACGGCGAGCACGACCACUCAGACGACAUCACGCCGGCGCUGCAGUCGUCGCUGUACGAGCAAAUCAACUUUGACGAGAUCACAACGCUCAACGAGGCGCGCAGGGACGCGGGCAAGGCGAUUGUCAAGAAGACGUGGGCGGAGAGGCUGAGUCCGCAGCCGGAGCUGGAGAGCGAUGCCGAUGAGCAGCUUCUCAUGACGGUGCCGUUCUCAGCACAAGUCAAGCUACACUCCAUCCUCAUCCGCACAUCACCCUCCCCCUCGGCCCCCAAGACGCUGCACCUCUUCGUCAACCGCGACAACAUGGACUUUUCCGCCGCCGAGGAGGAAACGCCCGUGCAGGUCAUUGAGCUCUCGCAGACGUCCGAGGUUCAGGAGAUUCCCGUCAAGCGCGCCCUCUUUGGCAGCGUGCAGCGCCUCGUGCUCUUUUUCGUGGACAACUUUGGGGACGGGGACGAAGAUGUGUCGAGGAUUAGCUAUUUGGGGUUCAAGGGCGAGUGGACGAGGCUGGGAAAGGCGCCGACGAAUAUCAUCUAUGAGGCGGCUGCGCAGCCGGGGGAUCACAAGGUCAAGGGGACGAGCGUGAAUGAGAUGGGGAGCGGCAUUGGGGGGAGGGGGCCGGGGAUGUGA